AUGCUAAGACCCCGCCUGCUGAUAGUGAAAUGUCCCCCAACAAUUACUAAAAGGCUCUUUGCUGCUUCUGCGAUCUGUCAAGGCAAACCCUCUGACCAAUUCUUUGGCUUGUCAAAACCUUCGAAUGUUGGCAACAAUAGCCCUGAGUCACUUGUAAUUGAUUGCUAUAAACAACAGAUCUUGAAAGAGUACAAUUUCCUCCAGAAAAUCUCUCCCAAGAGCACCCAGGAAGUUUACAGCCAAUUGCCGGACGAUUCGCAAUUCAUCGAGCAGCACUAUGCGGAAUUGAAGGCAUUCAAGAGCUUUCUCGAUAAAAACUACAAACAGACGUUUAGUGAUUGUCGGUCAGAAGAAUUGUUGGAGAAACUCUACAAGUUCAUUGAUGGCUCGUUGAUAGAAAGUAAAAUUAUCAUCAAAGGGAAUGCCCCAACCAACAAUCCCCUACAUUUGAUAUCCGAAAUGAAUGUCAAUAACAUUUUCAUCAAUCUAGAUAAUGAAGAGGUCCUGAUCAAAAGCUUGUUGAGGUUUUUGGUAGAUGUUAAAAUCACCUUGAACUUGAACAGCAACCAUACAUUUAUUUUGGAUACCUUGCUUUAUAAUCGGGAGAUCUUUGACAAAGUGGAUGAUAGAAUUGCCAACAGAAAGAAGAAACAUUAG